GUAAAAUCGACGAUGACGACGUACCGUGGCGUCACAUCUCAUUCCCCGAUCCUUCUUAGCGUCACUGAUGAGCAGACACAGUUGCCAGCGACUGAGGGCACUUACAGAGCUAUGGAGGCAAAGCACUGGUGGAGAUUGUCAGACAUUUAAACUACAAGGAAGUCAGGAGAUAUGAGAAGAGCACAGGAAAGUGGUGUUUGGCUCAUCUGUGAUUUUACUGGAGGGUUGCUCUCUGAGGAGUGGCUUUGCUGAAGGUCAUAUGUCAUCAAGCAGCUAAAUAUACAGCAGGCAGGCAAACUGCCUGAGCCGGUGGGAGAGAAAGGACUGGAGUGAGGAAAGAGCGGGGAGCCUACAGAACAUGGUUUAAAGAACAGUCUGGGAUACUUACCUCUGAACAGGACUGCAGGGAAGUGAAUUCAGGAUGAAGCUCCUGUUUAUAUAGAAAAGAUGGAGAGCCAGGAAACAGCAGACAAAGCCAGCGUUCUGGAAUCAAAAACUGAUAGUUCCUCAAAGCAGCACACAGGCGAGGGAGCUCCACUCUCCCCAAGGACAGAGGUCGGAGGAAUUGCAGAGGGGGCAGAACCUGAAGGAUUCCAGUUCUAUCACAUGGACCUCUAUGAACCCAGGGGACGUUUGGAGAUUUUUUCAGACAAACAAUCAGAAGCUGGAGCAGACGAUGAUCAUCCAUUGGCCCUGCAGGAUGCAGCAGCAGGUGCCCCUCGUAAUGAAAAGGGGCCAAAAGCAGAGCUGCUAAGCUUUGGUAGCUACAGAGGCGACUAUGGCUGCCCGCCUUCUCCAGAAGCAGAGUUUGGUACUAGUCAGAAGUUCAUAGAGUUUUCCAACAAUUUCCCUGUGGAUAAACAGUUUGAUCCAUUCCAGCAAAUUGUUGAUUAUUCUGAAAGUGCAAGUCAGUACAGUGAAGGGUUGCUCAGCCCACGGUCAGAACCAAGUGGUCUUGAAGAAUCUGAGGCAGAGAUUACCACAGCCCAGUGUGAAGAACAUCUGGCAGAAAGGGUCAGAGCUCUCAGAACACUUAGAAACACGGAGUCAGAAAUGGAGCCAGAUGAUGAGGAGAUUGUCCAGGACUCGAUCCCGGAUAUUUAUUGUCGGUCAUGUGAUAUCCCUAUUCCCGCUUUUGAGAAGCUCUUUGGAUUCCAUAAACACCAUAGCGUGAUGCCAUUAGCAGAGGGUGCAUCAGUUGCCAAGCUCGAAUGUCAGAACAAUCUGAAGAAACUGGAGAACCAACUAAUACAGAUGGAGACAUUUUCUAAUCACCUGGAGGAAAUCUUUGUCACUGUUGAAGAGAACAUUGGUAAACAGGAACACUACCUUGAGCUGCAGUAUGAUGAUUUGAUGCAGUGUUUGGUUCAGCGUUUCGAGGACAGGAGCCAGGAUCUGCAAGAGCAGAAGAACCUGAAACUCGAGAGGUUGUACGAUUUGCUGGUGAGCUGUGGUCACAGCAUGGAUGGCUACAAGCAGCUGAUGGAAUCCAUUAAUACGCUCUUCCAAACUGAAAACAAGCAAUCCUUCCUGAAGAGUGGACAAAUGAUGCUGACCAGACUGGAGGACUUUCUCCAAGAGGAUUUGAAUCCAGAGUUUCCAACAGCCCUUGAAUUUGAGAAUUUUUCAACAGAUAUGGGUGAGGUGCAACGACUAAUGGACUCAAUCAGCAGUAUCCCGGUGCCGUCUGCCCCUUCGAUGUGUCCUCAGUUACCUGACACAGCAACCUCCAGCUCAGUGAGAGUUCGCUGGAGCCUUUCAGCCGAUGAUACUGUGGAACAUUACCGACUGUAUUACAGAAAAGCAGGGGAGAACACACAAGAUGGAGAGGCUACAGAUAUGUCGCUGAGAGUGAAGGAAAUGUUCUGCACCGUGAGGAAUCUACAGCCUGGUUCUGUCUAUCUGUUCUGGGUCACUGCCAGCAACUGUGCCGGGACAAGUGAAGAGAGUGAUCGAGUAGAGUACAUGACAGUUCCCUCAGCUCCGUUGAUCAGCAGCAGAGGGGUGGCAGUAUGCCAGAGCGCAGUGCUUAUGGAGUGGGAGCCUGGCCCUGGUCUCCCCCCACAGUCCUACACAGUGGAAUUCUGCCAAAUCUGCAGCGGCUGCAAUUGGACAGAGUCACUCAUGGAGUCUCUCACAGGGAUAACUUCAUGUCAAACAUUAAUUGAACUGGAGCCCAAUGAAAAUUACAUUUUCUACAUCAGAAGUGUGAAUAGAGGAGGCAGCAGUGAAAGAAGUGAGCCUAUAACUGUUCGAACCACAGGUACCCAGCUUUAUUUGCUGGAGCAGAGCGCACAUCUCUCACUCUCAAUCCUGCAGGAUGGACUGACCAUAGUUUACAGUGAGGAGAGUCUGUACACAGAGCCUUCUAUAGCUCAUGAGAGGUUCACAAGUGCUGCCACUGUCAUGGCACAAUUGGUACCAGUUCGAGGACGACAUUACUGGGAGGUGGAGGUGGAUGAGGACAUGGAGUACAGGAUUGGCGUGGCCUCCACAGACAUGCCACGGGACAGUCAUUUGGGCUCCAACCUUACUUCCUGGUGUAUGAGGCACAUCCGCACCCCAUCCAGGAGUAAAUUUGAAUUCCUUCACAAAGGAUGGACUCCAGACCUGAGAAUCACUGUCACUCCAACCAGAAUCGGAAUUCUCCUGGACUACAACAUGGGGAAACUUUCCUUCUUCAAUGCAAACGUCUGUCAACUCCUCUUUACCUUUUCGCAGCACUUUCAGAAUUUUGUCAACCCUUGUUUUGCUUUGGAAAGUUACGGCAUUUUAAAAAUCUAUCAUAAUAUUCCCCUCCCCGAGUUCACCAAACUACUGUGAGAUUGUCCUUUUCUUUAGGCACAGGGAGUUGGCACAGAAGGUUGGGUUUCACCUAAUUCCAGUACCAGAGGGCAUGGAUUGAGAAUAAGAGGUCAGUUAUUUAAAACAGAGUUGAGGAAGAGCUUCUUCUCCCAGAGAGUUGUGGAGGUGUGGAAUGCACUACCUCAGAAGACAGUGGAGGCCAAUUCUCUGGAUGCUUUCAAGAAGGAGCUAGAUAGAUAUCUGAUGGAUAGGGAAAUCAAGGGAUAUGGGGACAAGGCAGGGACUGGGUAUUGAUAGUGAAUGAUCAGCCAUGAUCUCAGAAUGGUGGUGCAGACUCGAGGGGCCGAAUGGUCUACUUCUGCACCUAUUGUCUAUAAUUCUGUUCCUAUGUUUUAUGGUCUUUUACAAGGUCACCCCCUCAACCUCCUCUACAGGGAACAGUCCAGCCUAUACAUCAAACCCUCCAGUCCCUGUAACAGCUUCAAAUUAUUUUUUUGCACCCUCUUCGGUUUAAGGACAUCCUUCCUUAUAGCAGCAGGAUGACCAGAACUGCACGAUGCUCUAAAUGUGGCUCACCAAUAUCUUGUAAAAUUGUAACAUCACAUUCAAACUACUGUACUCAAUAUCCUUAUUACAUGCUAAAUGCCUUCUUCCCAUCACCCCCUUCAAAGAUCAAUAUAUUUACACACCCAGCUCUCUAUUCUACCACACAUUUUGUGAGUGCUAUCCUGGUUUGCCUUAUUAAAACACUUCACAUUUAUAUGAAGUGCAUCUUUAAUCGAGGAUUCUGACUGUUAAAACAGUUCCCCAAAUCCCAACUCAUUUGGUAGCAACUGGAGUCAAUUUUGCAACUGGGAGACAAUGGAGCAAGUAAAGGAGACCCAAUUUCACCUUGGGGCCCCAAGCAUCCCUAUACUAUCCUGGCAUUAGUCAUUCUUGACUCCAAAUUUUUUUUGAUUCUGUUAACCAGUUUUAAAACUCUUAGCACCGCAGCUGGGUGAAUGGGGCAAGUGUUUGCUCCAAAUACUUCACCUGCACCAGGACCUCAGGCUUUGAGGUUGAUUGUGAAAAUUAGGCUGAUGGAACUUCAGGAACACAAUGAGCCAUCAGAGCUUAUUCGCCAUUGAAUCAAAUCAUUCUUUAGCUGGGAACCAACUCAGAAUCAGGAUUAAUAUCACUGACAAAUGUUGUGAAAUUUGUUCUUCUUUAUCCUGCACUGUCAUUGAAAGCUACCCCUAUACAAAGAGUGAAGGGUAAUGCCAUACCACUAAUGUGUCAGUAAGUAGCUGGGCUUACAGAGCCAGGUUUUGAACUACAAUGAUCAGAUCACGAUUAAAGCCACAGUGAAGUCUGCUGUAAGAGCUGGAUUACUUCUGAAAAAGUGAGUUACAUAAUAAAAGUUUAAGUUCAGCCUCAGUAACAGAGCAGUGUCCAUUUAUAAUUGGCAGGGCUUCACCAAAUUAUUCUCCCCCACCCUCUAGCUGGGAACCCUGGAGACUCUGCUGGAAACGUAGGCUGAAAAGCUGAGGACAGCACAAAAAUGUUUGAAAAUAAAUCAGGAACUGAGAACACCAAACUUAGUUUUUAAAACUGAGUACGUAUUACCAAUGAUUCAGUCAUCUGAUUAUUCUUAUGCAAGGUCACUGAGCUGAUGCAGUGACUAUAGGCAGAAAAUACAAUUACAAAAUAAAUCAAUUGUCAAUGACCCAGCACAGCAGCACUAGACAAGGUCAGUCUGCUCCCAGCCUAGAGCAGAUAGAUAUAUAUAGAAAGUGAUUACACUGCCUCAAGGGCUUCCUUGCAGAAUCACUGAGUGCCAAGAGCCUCCAUCAUAUUCAUGUGGUCUCCCUUGUGUCACUAAAAGACCCAGCCAUUUGGUGCUCCAGAGGGAUACAGGGGAAGGGUGACCUUGGGAGAACCAAAAAUGGAUUCCAAGCCUCGUGAAGUCUCUUGGCAAGAAGAGCUUCUUUCCAUGAGCUGAUGAAUAAGCACUCCUGCUGGUGACCAUUUGGAAGAAGAGUGUUUCGGCACUCUUGAGUAGGACUAGUAGAUUUUCCCAGAAGGGUAUCGUGUUCUCCUUGAGUUCAAAUACAACUCUCUUGUGGGGUCACCUCUGCCCUAGAAUGGAUUCCAAUGAUGUAAGAGCCUGAAUACAAUCCUCGAGCUCCAGCUCCUCAGCCACACAUUCAACUGCUCUGUCCUUCUGUUCCUCCCCUCACUAAAACUUGACACAAGGAAUUAGCUACAGAUUACAAAACCACUGUUAUUUUAAUCUUCUGCCCCACUUCCUAUAUUGCAGGACCACCCAUGUUAUCGGUAACAUUGUGUACAACAACUUCCAGCUGAUCCUGCUCACACUUGAGAAUGUUUAGGACCAGGAGGCAACACACCAUCUUGGCAUCUUGCUCUUGGCCACACUGAGAAUACUAAGCAUAGGAGGUGCCCAAAUCCCACCUGGCAGUGAAACACUAGGUACAAGUGUAGCAGCAACACACCUGAGGAAUAAACACAAAAAGCAGUGCACCAGGAGAUGAUAUUUGAGGCCUUUCACCAAGAUUUCAUAGAGUGACAACAGAAUGUAUUCACUCAGUUUCACAAUUUGUCUGUGAAAAUGUUGCCUUUCUUUGACUGCACUCAGGAGCACCCCUAAGGGCCAGCAACUGCAACAGAAAUAGGCUCUUUGGCCCAACUGGUCCAUUCUGACCAAGAUACCUCAUACAAGCCAGUCCCCAUUUGCAAUGACACGAUAUUGGCUGGGAAUCCGGUUGCCUUAACUUGAACAAGGGCUGGUAGUUUGGAAAUCUACUCCUAUAAAUUCGCACAUCCCUGGCUGAUCUACCAACACUGUAGGAGGCAAAGCACUGCAGAGUAUGUUGUUGAGAUGUAUGGCAAAUGCAUGGUAAAGACCCAUACAGAGGGAUUCUCCCAAGCCCUGGCAGAUUAUCUGCUCAUGAUCACAUUGCGAUAUAUGGGAAUUUGCUGUUCACUUGUUACUAUGGUACACUUUGUUACAGAAAUUACACAUUAAAUACAUAAUUCCAUGUUGGUUCACUGUUCUAAAGGGCAUUAUGCAUCUACAAUCCUCUAUCAGGUUUGUUUCAUUACAUCUGUGAUGAAGUCUGGAACACUGGCAGCAAGCUUAUGAAUCAACUGGCCAGAAAUAAACCACAAAGCUGCCAUCAUACUCUGAGCUCAGAAGCAAGGGAAAAGUGAGUCCAGAAGCAAAGGUUGAGCAGAUUGAGAUAUGCCUUUUCAAAAAAAAAAGCUUCAUCACCUUAGAAGUGAAAAACAUAAAAAGCAAAUUGUUCAUUCCUCACAAAGAGACUGAAGCACAUUAAGACAUUAUGAAUAAGGCAGAUCUGGGAGAGAUUCCUGACAGGGAUACAUCUCGGUAUAAAAUCAAUGACUUGCAGAGGCCUGUGGAAUUGAGGCUGAUUUAUAAAAGGUUAUGAGG